CUAGCUUAUCUCGAUUUGGUCGACGAAAAAAGAUGACAUGUGUGCUGAAUAUAAUUCAGUGGGCGUUACUAUAUGUUGAAUGCACAGAUAUUCAAGACUAAGGUUGUCUGAUCGGCGGGGAGUCCUGAGCUAUGCUGCGGAACGUUUCUCAUCUGUUUGGACAUGGGCUCACCAGGGAGACCCCAUUAUCCUCAGCCCAUAAACAUUAAGCGUCUCGCCGACGAAUGUCCGUUAAGAAUGCUAUCGUGUGCCACUGUAUUGCGGCGAGAGGCGACUCGAGCUUCUGUGUUGGCAGCCUACCGAGAUAAUAGUGGGACAUUCACAUUGGAUAUCGCGCGAGUGAAACCUUUCCGUCAAGUCGUUAAUGGAGACGAAAUUGUCGUCUGUGCUUGUGUAAUCAAUGCUCGCUUGGUUUUAAUCGUCGGAGAAACGCAGCAUGAAUAAACGCAUAUUGAACACAAAACCGGUUUUAGAGAGAAUGAUCUUGUCGUCAUGACCUCGUCCGUUUUCAAAGAAUCUUUCGUAAAAAAUGAAUGUGAGAUUUUAAGAAUGAAAAUAAUUACU